AUGGCGUUUACGGAAAGAGUCAACAUCGGCAGCAACAGCUUGUACAAUGAAGACAGAAACCUGCUUCGAAUUAAAGAGAAGGAAAGACGCAACCAGGAAGCUCACCAAGAUAAAGAGGCAUUUUCUGAAAAGAUCCCCCUUUUUGGAGAGCCAUACAAGACAGAGAAAGGUGAUGAGCUAUCCAGUCGGAUACAGAACAUGCUGGGAAACUAUGAAGAGAUGAAGGAGUUCCUCAGUAGCAAGUCCCACCCCCAGCGCUUGGAUGCUUCCGAAAAUAGGCUGGGGAAGCCGAGAUACCCUUUAUUUCCUGAGAAGGGGAGCAGCAUUCCACCCCACUCCUUGCACACCAGUGUCCACCACCAGCCCGUUAACACUCCUGCCUGUGGACCACUUCCUGCUGGCAUCGGCCACCACCCAAAGAUGGCACAGCCAAGAAUGGAACCAAUGCCAAGUCUCCAUGUCAAAAGCUACGGCCCACUGGACAGCCAGCACCUGACCCAAGAGCGCCUCGGUCAGGAGGGGUACGGCUCUAGUCAUCACAAAAAGGGUGACCGCAGGGCUGAGGGGGACCACUGUUCUCUGACAACAGACUCCGCUCCGGAGAGGGAGCUUUCGCCUCUCUUCUCUUUGCCUUCCCCAGUGCCCCCUCUGUCACCCGUACAUUCCAACCAGCAGGCUGCUCCCAGGACGCAGGGAGGCGGCAGAGUUCCCAGCAGCAGCAGUAAGGGCUACUGCCUGGCCAAGUCUCCCAAGGACCUAGCGGUAAAGGUGUGUGAUAAGGAGGCCCCUCAAGACGGCACAGUGGCAGUGGCCAGCCUCGGGGUGGCCCCUCCUCAGCCACCUUCUCAGACUUUCCCCCCGCCCUCCCUCCCCUCAAAAAGCCUUGCAAUGCAGCAAAAGCCCACGGCUUAUGUCCGGCCCAUGGACGGUCAAGACCAGGCUCCUAGCGAGUCUCCCGAACUGAAACCCCUGCCGGAGGAGUACCGGCAGCAGACCUUUGAGAAAUCAGACUUAAAAGUGCCUGCCAAAGCCAAGCUCACAAAGCUGAAGAUGCCUUCUCAGUCAGUCGAGCAGACCUUCUCCAAUGAAGUCCACUGUGUUGAAGAGAUUCUGAAGGAAAUGACCCACUCAUGGCCUCCUCCUUUGACAGCAAUACACACGCCUAGUACAGCUGAGCCCUCCAAAUUUCCUUUUCCCACAAAGGAUUCUCAGCAUAUCAGUUCUGCAGUCCCAAACCAAAAACAAUAUGAUACAUCUUCAAAAACUCAUAGUAAUUCUCAGCAGGGAACAUCCAUGCUCAAAGAUGACCUUCAGCUCAGUGACAGUGAGGACAGUGACAGCGAUCAAACCUCGGAGAAGCCUCCUUUCGCACCUGCACCUCCAAGCGCUCCGCCGGCGCUGCCAGCAGCCGCGGCCUCAGCACAUUCCAGCAGCGCCGAGUCGGAGAGCACCAGCGAUUCCGACAGCUCCUCGGACUCGGAGAGCGAGAGCAGCUCCAGUGACAGCGAGGAGAACGAGCCCCGAGAAGCCCCGGCUCCCGAGCCCGAGCCUCCGACAACCAACAAAUGGCAGCUGGACAACUGGCUGACCAAAGUCAGCCAGCCCGCGGUGCCCACGGAGGCCCCGGGUAGCACGGAGCCCCCGGCCCGACACCCGGACACUAAGGGCAAGGGCGGCGACAGCGCCACCGCGGGCCACGAGCGCCCAGAGUCCAAAGAGCCUCCCCCCAAAGGCUCCAGCAAAGCCCCCCGGGUCCCUUCCGAAGGCCCCCACGUGGGCAAGAGGAGCUGUCAGAAGUCCCCUGCCCAGCAGGAGCCCCCCCAGAGGCAAACUGUGGGAAGUAAACAGCCCAAAAAGCCCAUCAAGGCUUCCGCCCCCGGCCACGCGGAUGCGCCUGCGGAAGCGCGCGCCUGCCUGCAGGUGGAGAGCGAGCCCGGACUUCCUGCCCCGGCCUCCAAGGACCAGCCCUCCAAAGACAAGCCCAAGGUGAAGACGAAAGGGCGGCCCCGCACCGCAGACAGCCGGGAUCCCAAGCCGACGGUGCCCGCUCCCAGCGACCGGAAGAAGCACCGCAGCGGCCCCCCGAAGGUGCCCCCGAAGGACGCGGCGGCAGAGGACCGGAGCCCCGAGCACUUUGCGCUCGUUCCCUUGACCCAGAGCCAGGGCCCUGUCCGCGGUGGCGGCAGCGGCGCUGGCGCCAGGACUAGUGGCUGCAGGCUGGCCGUGGUGGUCCAGGAGGACCGCCGCAAGGACAAACCCCCGGUGCCUUCGAGAGACACCAAGCUGCUCUCCCCGCUCAGGGACGCUCUGCCGCCGCAAAGCUUGGUGGUGAAGAUCACGCUCGACCUCCUGUCUCGGAUACCCCAGCCCCCAGGGAAGGGCAGCCGCCCGAAGAAACCGGAAGACAAACAGCCACCAGCAGGGAAGAAGCCAGAUCCUGAGAAGAGAAGCUCGGAAAACGCCAGCAAGUUGGCCAAAAAGAGAAAGGGUGAAGCAGAAAAAGACCACGAUAGCAAGAAAGUCAGGCUGGAGAAGGAAGUCAAGUCACAGUCGUCAUCUUCCUCUUCCCACAAGGAAUCUUCCAAAUCAAAAAUGUCCAGGCCCUCCUCUGAGCCCUCAAAGAAGGAAAUGCUUCCCCCUUCACUCGUGUCAUCCUCAUCCUCAUCCUCCCAGAAGCCAGCCAAACCUGCACAGAAGAGGCCAAGGCAGGAAGACCCCGGCGGCCAGGACCCCCCCAAAAGUGCCAGUAGUAACAAGGGCAGCCACAGAGACCCUUCCGCCUCCAAACACAGAAAAGCAGAGGGGAAGGUCUCAGGAAGCUCCACAGAACACAAAGGAUCUUCUGGAGAUACUGCAAACCGUUUUCCAGUGCCUUCUUUGCCAAAUGGCAACUCCAAACCAGGGAAGCCUCAUGUGAAGUUUGACAAACAACAAGCCGAUUUUCACCUGAAGGAAGCCAAAAGGUUGAAGGACAAAGCAGAAUUAGUGACGGACAAGGUCGGGAAGGCUUUUAAAUACCUGGAGGCUGCCUUGUCCUUCAUUGAGUGCGGCAUCGCCAUGGAGUCGGAGAGCCCCGCGUCCAAGUCGGCAUACUCCAUCUACUCGGAAACCGUGGACCUCAUUAAGUUCAUAUUGUCAUUAAAAUCCUUCUCGGAUGCCACAACACCAACACAGGAGAAGAUAUUUGCUGUUCUAUGCAUGCGUUGCCAGUCCAUUUUGAACAUGGCGAUGUUUCGUUGUAAAAAAGACAUGGCAAUAAAGUAUUCCCGAACUCUUAACGAACACUUCUUCAAGACUUCUUCCAAGGUUGCCCAGGCACCUUCUCCAUGCAUUGCAAGAGGCACAGGCACACCGUCCCCCCUGUCUCCGAUCCCUUCUCCGGCCAGCUCCAUAGGGUCCCAGUCAAGCGCGGGGAGCGGGGCACUGCCCCCCACCAUCAGCACCCCAGUCACCAUCCAGAACAUGACAUCCUCCUACGUCAGCAUUACUUCCCACGUCCUUACUGCCUUUGACCUGUGGGAACAGGCUGAGGUCCUAACCAGAAAGAACAAAGAAUUCUUUGCUCAGCUCAGCACAAGUGUGUGCGCUUUGGCCCUCAACAGCAGUUUGGUGGAUCUGGUGCACUAUACAAGACAGGGUUUCCAGCGGCUAAAACAAGUAACCAAAACACCUUAA